UAAUUCUUUCUAUGAAGUUUCUAUUUUGAAAUAAAGCUAAUAUUGUUAAAUAUUUAAAAUUUUCUUUUUUCUUUUGGUUAGCUCCGAUAAGUUAAGGAUAAGAAUUACUUCUUAAACAGUCAAAAAUUGGUUUCAAUUAAAGUCACCAAUACAACUCUUUUAUUUAAUGUGUUACAAGAAUUAUAAUUGCAAAUAGAACAUGCAAAUGCUUAUUGACGCAAAGAUAUACCACUUUUUGAACCUUACAAAGAAAACAAUCUAUUUUGAAAGAAAAUAUUCCAAACACACCUAUCGACUAGCUGCUAGCCCCUUAUGGAAAUUGUGAGAUUGUCUGGUUUUUUUAUUAAUAUCAAUCCAUAUAUAAGAAGUUUGUGAGAAGGCUUAAAAGUCCUGUUUUAGAAGGAAAUGCUAGGAAGUUCAGUUUAUAUGCGUAACACAAUUAAAACAAAAAACAAAACAAAAACAACCUUUACUUGUUUUUAUACAACUACCUUUCUAUCAUAAGUGAUACUUUGUGACUGAACCAUUCAGGAUGACGUGUCAACUGAAAAGAAAACAGUUACCUUGGGAGUACCGACAGUGAAAACGUGUUCUGCUUUUGAUGUGAUGGAGCAAACCGGCGGUGGUUUUUAUCGUGAAGAGGAAUGCAAAAUCCCCAUGCUGGUAUCUUCGUCAUCAAAUCAGGUACAUUUCAAGGUUUUUCCAUCUUUAAAGGAUCCAGUAAGCCUAACCCUAUUUAAACCAUCCGCCAGUCACUUUUUUCUAUUUGGGACUACACUUUUUCUCUGAGAGUUAAGGUCAUGAAAGUUACCGAGCAUGCAGUACGCAAAAUAUGAUUCCAAUUAAGACGAUUUUGAUUACGUUAGAAACAUUUUAAAAAGCCAGAAAGUAAAAGGCCAAAACUAAUCCAAAUCAAUAGAAAGAUCCUCAAGUAAUACUGUACAAAACACGAACAUUUAAACAGAUCAAAGGAGCUGACGUUUGAGCCCUUCUAGCCUUUCCAUAGAAGGACAUCAAAAACUGAUUGCCAUCAUGUGAAAACGUCAUAUAUUAUCUCAAGCGAAUAGAAUUUCGAAAAAAAUCAUGACGUGUAUAUUAUUGAAUAUCAUUAUUCAAGCUGUUGUGUUAACCCUAUUCAGACCGGGGGAGAGCUCGCUAAAAACAUGAGUAACUUCAAAACCGUUUAAGCUAGAUGUAUGACCACCAGAUCUUGGUGAUUUCUCCUUAAAAUUAUCUUGUGGAGAAAAAAGGUUCCAGAAAAUAAAAGUUGUCCGCCUUUUUUUCUGGCUUUUUGCAAGAUUUAGUAUUUUCCUCAGGGCCAGAUGUUUCCCAUAUAUAUAUAUAUAUAUAUAUAUAUAUAUAUAUAUAUAUAUAUAUAUAUAUAUAUAUAUAUAUAUAGUUAUAUAUAUGUAGUUGCUAUGUACCUCAUCACCAAUCACGUUCGUGUUCCACGUUAGUUUCCCAGCAUACAUAUAUAUAUAUAUAUAUAUAUAGUAAGCCAGAUCAAAUCAGGAUCCACGAUGUCUUGCUUUAUUCAUUUUUUUAUGUCGGGUUAAUUAGAUUAGCAGUUCUAUGCUAAAAGUCACACCAGGGGCUGCUAAAGAAACAGAGCUGUAUGCUGGGACACUAACGUGGAACACGAACGUGAUUGGUGAUCAGGUACAUAGCAACUACUUGAAAUAUAACUUAAAAUUCUUUCUAUGAACUUCCUAUUUUGAAAUAAAAAUUAAGAUUUUUUUAGGUUUAAAGGUUACGUUUUAGAAGGAAAUGACUAGGAAGUUCACUUUAUAUGCGUAACACCGCUAAAAAACAACCUUUACUUGUUUUUAAACAACCACCUUUCUAUCAUAAGUGAUAAUUUAUGACUGAACCAUUCAGGAUGACGUGUCAACUGAAAAGAAAACAGUUACCUUGGGAGUACCGACAGUGAAAACGUGUUCUGCUUUUGAUGUGAUGGAGCAAACCGGCGGUGGUUUUUAUCGUGAAGAGGAAUGCAAAAUCCCCAUGCUGGUAUCUUCGUCAUCAAAUCAGGUACAUUUCAAGGUUUUUCCGUCUUUAAAGGAUCCAGUAAGCCUAACCCUAUUCAAACCAUCCGCCAGUCACUUUUUUCUAUUUGGGCCUAAACUUUUUCUCUGAGAGUUAAGGUCAUGAAAGUUAAUUAAGACGAUUUUGAUUACGUUAGAAACGUUUUAAAAAACCAGAAAGUAUAAGGCCAAAACUAAUCCAAAUCAAUAGAAAGAUCCUCAAGUAAUAGUGUAAUUAAAACAGACUGUACAAAACAAGAACAUUUAAAUAGAUCAAAGGAGCCGACGUUUUAGCCCCUCCAGCCUUUCCAUAGAAGGACAUCAAGAACUGAUUGCCACCCUGUGAAAACGUCAUAUAUUAUCUCAAGCAAGAGAGGAUAAAGGGGACAGAGAAGGCAUCCUCCAUACACACCCUAUUCCAUAGGUAGUUCGUCUCGAGUUAUUUUUAAGACCACAGAUCCCAAGGGGGAUUAGACAACAGCCAACCACAUAGCGCGAAUGUGUUCCGCGUGGAUGACCCACGCUCAGAGCCACGCGUCCUUCACGAAUUGAGGCAGAAAAAAUGGCGGAAGACGCGGAGAGCAAUAUUGCUAUUCGUUUUGUCGACGAAAGCGACUAAAGAGAGAUUUCUGCCGAAGCCGUGUCAGCGAAACGGAAAUUGAAAAAGAAUCGCCCUUCCUCUCUUGUAUGGAGCCAACAGUACAGCAGGGGAAUCCUUAACACAGUGAAUAUUCUGUCAAGAUUAUUUCUAAUUACAGUUUGAAGAGAGCAAUGUCUGGUUUGAUAUUUAUUCUUUUAUUAGUCUUUUAUUAUUCAACAAAAAUAACACUUGGCGUCCUAUAAUAAUAAUAAUAAUUUAAUAACUUCUAGAGCGCUAUUUACAUCACAGGCGGCCCAGACAUAGUAUGUGUCACUGAAUGAAUAUUAAUAUUCACAUGGACAAAUUAAUGCGAUGAGUCGUCGAAACUCCCAUGGACUAAAAUAGUCCAAAAGUGAAAAUAUAACAAAACAAAGCUAAGAUACCCUCAACUGAACGUAUCCUUGUCUUUCCUGGCCGGUUUAAGUGGCAUUUUGUUUAGUUUUGCAAUUGUAGGUACUAUCCACUAUAGAAGAAUUAAAGGCUGGCUACAAAACAAACAGACCAUCUCCACGCGCCUUCACACGAAGCGCUAUAAAUUCGAGAAUAAUCGACGAAUCCGCUCCAAAUAACCAUCGGCUAAUCUGCAGGUAACGUGUGCUCCUGUUUCUGGAUCGCUUGCUCCACAAAACCCAUCGCAACUGCACAAUAAUUGCUCGCUCAUCAACAACCACUGUUGACCUUUAAGCUUCGAUAUGACCGCAAACGACCAGGUUUAAUACGCGACGUGAAUAUUCAAGCUUAGCGACCGCAUUCGCGCAACAAUGCAGCACUUGCUAUGGCAGGGAUGGUACUAUUGCUUCUAGGUCAAUCAAUCGGGAAAAUAAUAUUGAAGCCCUUGUAAUUUUUAAAAAGAUCCAAUUUGCCCUAGGAGCACCGAACAGAUACGAAUAUUAUAACGGAGCUAAAAAAAUGAGCGGCAGUGGAAGUGAACAAGAACAUGUACCACAUUUUCUCCAUAAAAAGUGAAAACCAGGAAGUUUUCUGGACGUUUCACGUUGCAGUCAUGCAAAUCAACGGCAAGGAAAUGUACAAGAAAGUGUGCUGCAAUUAGACCUAUUGUUGUUUUUCACAGUUCUGGUCAAGGGCAUCCAACUUUUAAUUUUUCACAUUUCACUCACCGGGUUAGGCUAUUUUUCGUAGAGAGUAAAAUGGAAUCCUAAAAUUUUCGGAUUCAAAAAUGUGAUGAAAGAAGGUAUCUGAAAAAUUAUCUCCUUCGUAAUACGUUAAAUUGCAUCUAAAAUUUUCGGGAAAAUAAUUCUGAAUUCCUCGUAAUUUCGAAAAGACUCAAGUUCCUCUAGAAUGGCCGAACACUGACAUGCAAAUUUUGUAGCGCCACUUAGAAUGCAUUUCUAUAGAGCUAAAAGUACUUUAUGAAUAGCUACAAACGUGUUUUCAGUUGAAAGUAUUUGAGGAAACAGUCUUUGAGUGGCCCUGUCUCGUUGCCUUCUCCGCUUAGCAUUACACGAUAUAUUUUAUAUGUAGUAUGCGCAAACUAUAAAUCAUUAGCUUCGCUUUUAGCCCUCCUGACUAAAUUUUUGUAAGCGCUGUUUAGAAUGAAUUUUUCGAUCAAAAGUACUCUGGACAGCCUUAAAUGUGUUUUCAAUGCAUUUAGGGGGAAAUCAUCGUUGGGUGCCCCUGAGUUUUGAGAAUAAUAAUAGUAAUAAAAAAACAUAUCGCGCAGAUAAAUUUUACUUUACGAUAUCUUCAGCUGUAUCUUCUAUUCAGCUGCAUAGCGGGGGCCAGAUUUUGCCUUUUUCCUGGGCGGAAAAUUCUCGUCCUCCUUCACCAGUUUGGACAACAUAUUAUGGAGUAAGACGUUGUUAAUCUAAGCAAAUAAGUCUGGUAGAGUCAAGAACCUAUGCAAGCAGCUGGACGAACAAUGUGACAGCAGCUGAGACAGCGAACGUUAGAAGAAUUCGAACUUGAAAACCAGGGCUGCCCUGUUGAAAACUUACGGACGGUCCCGCGAUCGCCUUUUGUUUUCUGGUCAAAACUAACGCAGCGAACCCUCGGUCAGUCGAUUGACCUAGAAGCAAUAGUACCAUCCCUCCCAUAGCAAGUGCUGCACUGUUGCGCGAACGCGGUCGCUAAGCUUGAAUAUUCACGUCGCGUAUUAAACCUGGUCGUUUGCGGUCAUAUCGAAGCGUAAAGGUCAACAGUGGUUGUUGAUGAGCGAGCAAUUAUUGUGCAGUUGCGAUGGGCUCGUGGAGCAAGCAAGCCAGAAACAGGAGCACACGUUACCUGCAGAUUAGCCGAUGGUUAUUUGGAGCGGAUUCGUCGAUUAUUCUCGAAUUUAUAGCGCUUCGUGUGAAGGCGCGUGGAGAUGGUCUGUUUGUUUUGUCGCCAGCCUUUAAUUCUUCUUUAGUGGAUAGUACCUACAAUUGCAAAACUCAACAAAAUGCCACUUAAACCGGCCAGGAAAGACAAGGAUACGUUCAGUUGAGGGUAUCUUAGCUUUGUUUUGUUAUAUUUUGACUUUUACACUAUUUUAGUCCAUGGGAGUUUCGACGACUCAUCGCAUUAAUUUGUCCAUGUGAAUAUUAAUAUAUUCAUUCAGUGACACAUAAUACGUCUGGGCCGCCUGUGUUUACAUUCACUGAUCAACAGCGCUUAACAACUUAAAUAAACUACAAUAAAAUUCAAAUUUGCAAAACUAAUUACAUGUACAUGAAUAUUACUUUCUACUUGCUACUUGCUUUAUUGUACAAACGACCGGCGAAAAUUUACCGGCGAAAUUUCUCAUUUUAUUAAAGCACUAAGGUUACGAUAACUUCGAGUUAAACUGAUUUCACGGGUUGUCAGAGUCGAGCGAUUCCCUUUUCCCAGGUGAGCACCGACUCAUUUCGCUUCAAUAUUCAGAAGUGCUCUCGAUCCCUUUACGCUUUCAUUGCCUUUCGCCCGACAUGUUUUGCAUGGCGUUUAGUCAUGCGAAACCUCCACGAAACAUCCACGCAGCGCCCGAGGUAACUUUAUCCCGAUUCUAAAAAUAACUCGAGACGAAUUACCUAUGGAAUAGGGUGUGUAUGGGGGAUGCCUUCUCUGUCCUCUUUAUCCUCUCUUGUCUCAAGCGAAUACAAUUUCGAAAAAAAUCAUGACGUUUAUAUUUAAGCAUUAAUAGAAAACGUUUUCCGUGUUUGCAUAGCCUGCUUGAGGAGCCGCAUAAAGUCUCUUUACUAAUUAUCUUGAGUAACGGUUGCUGUGCUCAAUUUCCUGUUAUAAUUUUACCUCCGAUCUCGUGCAUGUUAGCAGGGGUCAGAUCAGCUGUCAUCGGUAGUGAUCUUCACAGAGGCGAUGAAAUAAUUCUAAAUUUCGCAACUGUCUGUUAAUAUGGUUAAAACAAUACUAGGCGGGGUAAAAACAUGUAAAUAAAGUCGAGCGCGGUCUUUUCAACUAUUCUCCGGGAUCGGAUCAGCCCGAUAAAGCCAUAAUUGUAUGGAGUAUAUGUGAGUUACUUUUUGCCGUUUCCUUGUCGAGAAUUUCUGUGUUGAUUCGCGAUCAAAAUCGUUUCCCUUAGAAGCGAUUGGUAUUUGGAAGAACAUUUAAACAGAUCGGACAGGUUAGGAGAAUUCAAGCUUCUCUUCUAAAAACGGGAGAUGGCCAGCCUUCCUUCUUCACAUUGGUUCAAAUGCGAGGCCAAUUCAGCCUUAGAUCAGUAGGUUUACCUUGCGACACAUUAAUUCCGGUUUGUAUAAUGACUUGAUUAAUCGUAAGACUCCUUGAAGGUAAGCACAGUGUUCGAUUUUUUUCCUUUAAUUUAUUUAUUUCUGCUUCGAGCAUAUCCGCGCCAAAACCUCCUAAAUGCCCGCCAAAUUUAAUGUGGCGCUCCCGAUCGUACAGCUCGUGUUUAUGAAAAAACAGGCCCAGCACAACUUCCACUGGAGUACCCUAAUAAAGAAGUCGAAAAGCUCCAUUAAUUUCGUGCGACAUUUUCUUGAUAAACAAAAGAAUGUUUUGAAAAUUAUAGACGUCCGUGUUUUAUAAUACACAUACACACGUAGCGACCAAAUUGCUAUAUUUUGCUUGUUGCCGAUGUUUAAAUGCUUCAUCAUGAUCCAGAGCGAUUUAUAGUUGUCACUUCAUGCUCAGAUCUUUGUUUCAAUUAAUGAGAAAAUUAUCUUACAGUUAAAACACUCUUUGCACAACAAUAAAAGCCAGUAAUUAUUGCGUAAUAUUGCGUUGUUGCAUGCGUUCUGAACACAGCCGGACGGAGCUCUGCCUAUGAAAAUAAUCGUUUUCCUGGUAUCGAAUAGGCGAAAAUGACUCCCACUGGUAGCAAAUUGUGCUACAAAGCCAUAAAUAAGAGCUGUUUUAAGUAUAAACCUCAUAAAAGCUUUUUAUUUUGAUCAAAAAUGAAAUAAAAGGCGUUAAAAAUAUCAGACGCUCGUGUUACCCAUACCCCUACCGACCUACCUAAUGUACUUCACAGAGAGGGGGUUGAGUGUUAAGUUUGCUCGUUAUUUGUAAGUCCCUAAAUCUAAGUAGCUUUCUUUUUCUUUUAAAACUUUUUACGAAGGAAUCGAAAUGAGUUUUGGUUGAUUGGUUGUGUCCAUCGCGGUUCACCCCUAUUUGCUUUUUUAAUAAAAUACGACUGCGCGAACGGUCUCUAUUAUUUUUCACGAGCAGAGAGCUUUGAUAUAAUUCACCGAAAACAAAUUCAUGAACAUGUUUCAGGGUAUUCUGUACGUGCUUUUAUGUUGGGUGUGUCGCCUGAUUAAAAGCGAGCGAUCGGGUGAAGAAGACUUUGUAAAACGUGUAUAUUAAAUGAAUCUUUCUGUAAAAAAACGAGGCCUUAGGAAAGUUUAUAAGGUAAAAUAGUCUUGGAAAACCGUUUGCGAA